CGAAAUGGAAGGAUAUUGACGCCUACCUCCCUCCUCGCCGGUUACCUCCCUGUAGUCGUCUUGUUCUUGGUCGAACAGUAGCAAGCAAAUGACGCGCAUCGGUGAUUGACGCCUACCUCCCUCCUCCCUGGUUACCUCCCUUUCCCCUGCCUCACGUGAACAGAGAUCAAAUCUUACCAAAAUCAUAAGGACCAGGUUUCUCUUGUGUAUGCCAAGCCCCCUUCUCAAACCCACAGCUCUCAGGCUUGCAAAUUUAAUGGCUUCAGACACUGGCAAGAAGCUAAUUCAGAUCGAUGUGAGCUCAGAUACGGUGUGCCCUUGGUGCUUUGUUGGAAAAAAGAAUCUUGAGAAAGCAAUGGAGCAAACCAAGGACAAGUUUGACUUUGAGGUUCGUUGGCAUCCAUUCUUUCUAAAUCCCGAGGCGCCUAAGGAAGGUAUCAGGAAAUCUGAUUUUUACAAGACAAAGUUUGGCCCUGUUCAAUUUGAGCGUGCAACUGUUCGCAUGACAGAGAUGUUCAGAGGACUCGGCUUUGAAUAUGACAUGUCCGGACUCACCGGAAACACGAUGGACAGUCAUAGGCUCAUAGCAUUUGCUGGACACCAAGGCUACGACAAACAAAAUGCUCUUGUAGAAGAAUUAUUCCUCAGUUAUUUUUGCCAGGGAAAAUACAUUGGUGAUAGGCAAGUUCUUCUGGAUGCUGCAAGAAAGGUGGGAAUAGAAGGAGCGGAAGAACUGCUGCAGGACCCUAGCAAAGGAGUCGACGAGGUUAAGGAAGAACUAAACAAGUACUCUUCUGGCAUUUCUGGAGUUCCUCACUUUGUGAUCAAUGGAAAAUAUCAACUCAGUGGUGGUCAACCUCCAAACAUAUUCAUGAGGGCCUUCGAUGCGGCUGCAAAAGAUGGAGAUUGAUGAUUUGUUCGAUGAACCUUUUAUACGGUUCACCAACAUUCUUGUUGUACACAAAAAAGAAGAAGAAUAAAGGCAUCUUCCAGAAAGUAAUCUAUGUCUAUACUUAUCUUAAAAAAUACGGACUAUUCCGUUCACCAGCCUUUCGUCGUUCGUCAAACCCCGCGUUCCGCGUUGUACUCUGCACCAGGCCAAACCCGAACAGGUCUCCCUCCGUUGUCGUAAAUAAAAAUCAACCCACGACGGAAAUAAAAAUCUCCCCCUGAACCCCCGAUCCCGAGACCUUACCAGACGCCACCUCCCGCCGAGACAGGCGGCGGGCUGGAUUCAGCAGAGGACCACGUCAGCGGGGCGGCCGCUGCCCUCUGCGUCUCGCGCCGCCGACCUCCUCCAAUGCGUCGUUCGUCCUCCUCGCAGCGGCCGCCGACCUGCUUCAGCACGACGCCGCCCUCCUACACCGCGCCGGCGGCGGCGGCGCCCUCCGUGCUGCUCUCCGGGUCCCUUGCCAACGCUGUCCUCGCAGCGGCCGCCGCAGGAGCUUUGUCGCAGCUCUUGUCCUCGGCGUUGACGACUCCAUGGUCGCAGUCUCGGCUGUGCGGGGCCGGCCGCCGGCGAGGGAGGCCGGUUCUUCUGCCUCCUUCCUUUCAUAUGUGGUCUUCUGCUGGCUGCCUGCACUGGAUCGAUCCGGUGUUGCCGCCGCCUCUGCGUGCUGGCGGCUGGUUGCGGAGCCGCUGACCGAACUGCACUGUGGCUUGUUCCAGGGGCGCCGCUGCUUCUUUGUGCUGGUGAUUGGACGCUGGAUUCUUGAGUUCUAGAUCCAUGUGGUUAGCUGGAUCGUGUUGGAAUUGGGUUUGUUGUUAGCCGUGAGCUUCAGAUCGAUCUUGUCCGCUGGCAGGGUCAGCGGCUUCCCCAACGUGAUCCUUUUCAUCAAUGGCACCACGCCUACACUGGCCUCCACACCAAAAGACUAGCACGCCAGUCAUUAGGCAGCUUCAGUCAAGAGAUUUGGCUGAAGAAUUUCUGAAAAACGACCAAACAUAUUGGCCUAUUCAAGAAUUACGAGGUACUUGAAUGCUGAAUGCAAAUGUAUAUUUUGCAGGUGCUAAACAGAUGAAAACAAUGACGACUCCAUAAUUUGGAUAAAUCCGUGGGGAUGAGAGUUUAUGUUCUCAAGCUCAUAUAACUUUUUAUGGCUUUGAGUUGCAGUCAUCUGCAGGUCAUGUUCCUAUUUAUACUAGAGGGAUUUCUCUUACAGUUUUCCUUUAAAAAAUGAUUAUCAUUCCAUGGUAUCUAGAUUGGGAGGCUUACAUCAUAAUCAAUAGCACUUAUCUUUCAAUUUUUAUAAACUCCGGGACUAUUUGUUUGGAACUUCUGCUGGAUGGUUGGACCUGUCAUACGAAGCCGUACAAGUCUGUUCUUAUCACUGGAUCGAACUUUUUCAUUUGUGCUAUCUUGAUCAAAUGACUGAGAUGACAUCUUGUUAAAAAUCAUGCUUUUGUUUUCAGUCUGCCGUAGCUAAAGGUUCCUUUUUUGUUUUGCAGAGAUUACACCAAUCCUUACCUUCCAGUUUCUUCUGCUAGAUAGUAGUAUUCCUUUUGCAAGGGGUCACAAACAUUCAUAAACAUUACAAUAUUCUGAUAUAUUUUUUUCUAAUAGUAUCAUAAUUUCAUUUGUUUUUGCAAUUCUUAUAUGGUCUUGCUGUUUUUGAACUUAUUUCCCCUUUUCUAUGCCUUCGCAGCCUGCUGUUGGUGCCAAUGGAAGGAGAGUGGAGGCUGAGGGCAAUGUUCUUCUUGCGUCAGUUGAGAAUAUGCAGUAUGCUGUUUCAGUAGAUGUUCUACAUACCGUAAUUACUACUGGGAAUAUACUUAUUUCAAAUAGGCCCCAGGAAUUAAAAGGGUUCAUGAUUCCGGAUUCUUUUUAUAUUCAGAUGUUAGCGCAUGAAUGAUAUCUGGGCUCAUGACUUCCGGAUUUCUUUUAUGUCUAGGCUUGAUGUUGGAGAAGGCAAAGAGAUGAAUCUUGAAGGCAAUUGCUCCCGAUUGAACCUUCUCAAUCAGUACAUCAAAUACCUUUGUCCGAAGGAAGGGCUUUGAAGUCGUAAUUGAGGGCAGAAAGUUCUUGUACAAAAAGAGCUGGCUAAUCCUUGACUCGGGUUGCGGACUGAGAGAUGCAAAGUGGAUCUUUGUUCUUAGCACAUCUAAGAGCCUGUAUGUUGGUCAGUUUUAUUCGUUUCAGGGUUGACCUGUGCACAUCUUUAGCAUUAUACGACUGCUUAUUUUUGUGCUACCAAAUGUUGUGCCGAAAGUAUGAGCGAAGUGGAGCGCACCUGGCAUCGCACGGGCAUUUCAGCUAUAAGAAUUAAAAAAAAGUUAUAGGUGAGUUAUGCCUUCAAGAGUUGGUCCUGUCAAAAAAAGAUGAUGUUUGAACUCAUAUUAGCUUGCAGUGAUGACUUACAAGUA